UUCAUCGUGUCCCCCGUCGCUGGUUGGCUGCAAUUUCUCCGUUCCUGCUAGCUAGCUAGCAAACUAGCCUAUAAAGGCAUUUAAACUGAAAGUCAGACGCGUUUCUUGUUUACAUCCGAUAUAUACAUUAUUGACCAUUAUUUCGUCGUAUCUCAAUGCAUAUUUGGCUUUUAUUUUAAAAAAAUAAUACAUUUCAAUCCCUUUCAAGCGCCGAAUUACAAAUCGCAGGCCGUAUUCCAUGCAAAAACAUCGGGUCUGUUGCUCGCGGAGGUAGUCCCAUCUUUCUUAGCCAGAGUUGGCAGCCAUCUUGAAUUUUAAUGUUAAUUUUCUGGUAAUUUUUGUGUCCCAUGGCAUUUUUUUAUAAAGGAUGUUUUCAGACCCACUGGUAUUUGGGACGUGUUGUUUAUAACACAGGAAAAACAGUAAAUUGCCAACCGUAGCCGAGUACUGCUGAAGACUGCACUCUCCGUGACAUACACACCUGUUCACUUAAGAAAGAAAAAGAUCUGACAUCUUCACAGCAAACCUCUUUCUUUUGCACCAGACCACAUGGUGGGCCAAGGACACAUAGGCUAAAUGCACCUUCAGCAGGUUGCCAGCUGGAAUGAAGUAGAUGGGAGAAUCCAAGAACAUGGUGCUGAAUGGCAGGAGACAUGGCAGCAGGUUCUCUAGCCAUCAGCCCUCCAACAAAGCUAGGACGCAGCAUGCCCACCUGCGUCAAGCGAAGGGGACCCCUGGCAGUAAAAGAUCCAGCCGACGGUAUGGAAAUGCCUCUGUUGACAUGGAGCGCCGGCAUGUUCCAGCCUCUGGAAUGACCGCCAAGGAGUUGUGUGAAUAUGAUGACGUGAGCACCAGCCUGAUCUUGGACCCUUACCUGGGCUUCCAGACGCACAAGAUGAACACCAGGUUUCGGCCUCUCAAGGCAUCCAGACUAGUGGAACUGAAGGGUAUGAUUGAGAGUUACAAAAAGCACGAUGACAUAGAGAAAGCCUUUCAAGCAUUGACAUCAGGAGAUGGGACAAAACCUUACUUUCCAAAUAAGAACAAGACCCAGGAAAAACUCUUCAAAGAACAUGUACAUGUUUAUCUGCGCAUGUUCGCCACAGACAGCGGCUUUGAAAUUUUGCCGUGUAACCGGUACUCUUCAGAACAAAACGGAGCCAAAAUUGUAGCAACAAAGGAAUGGAAGAGGAAUGAUAAGAUUGAAUACCUGGUGGGCUGCAUCGCUGAGUUGACAGCCGCGGAGGAGAGGUUGCUGCUUCGGCAUGGGGAAAACGACUUUAGCGUCAUGUACUCCACACGAAAGAACUGUGCACAGCUUUGGCUGGGACCAGCGGCCUUCAUCAACCAUGAUUGUAGGCCAAAUUGCAAGUUUGUUUCAACGGGUCGUGCAACUGCCUGCGUUAAGGUUCUAAGGGAUAUCGAACCAAGGGAAGAGAUCUCAUGUUACUAUGGAGAUGGAUUCUUUGGGGAAAACAACGAAUUCUGUGAAUGCUACACUUGUGAACGGCGUGGCACAGGGGCAUUCAAAACAAAACCAGGGCUGUCGAUGGAGGCUCCAGUUAUCAACAGCAAGUAUGGCCUGAGGGAAACAGAUAAACGACUCAACAGACUUAAGAAGAUGGGGGAGGGAAACAGAAACUCUGACGGCCAAUCAGCACACUCCAGUGUGGACACAGAUUCUCAGGAAACGCCUAAUUCACACCCAUCUUUAAGGAAGAGGACAUCCCAGUCUAGUGUUAAAAAGUCAACAAGGCAAUCCUUGUUCAGCACUCCAGCACCUACCUCAUCCUCCAAACUACGUUCCCCAGACUGCUCCAGUUUACCAAAGAGACUAAUAUCAAAGCCUGCCAAGACGCCUUUGCUUAAAUUAAGGACACAUUCUCAAGGGCCAGUGGCAAAGUCCACUAACCGAACAGCUGCCGUCAGUCACAAGGACACUCCCAAGAGGGACACCAUACGUCGCGGUUCAGCACAGGGGUUGGCUAUCAAGGGCAGCUCCGCUCGUAAGGCGGCAAAGGAAAACAACAAUCAGAGCUUGCCAAAAGGCACCAGAGCUCGCAAGGACCACUUGCCCUUGUCAUACAGGACUCGAAGGUCAACCAGGACCUCCAUCAGCUCUGAGGAGAAUGCUGGCAGUGGCGGAGGUUUUUAUGGACAUGGUUCCUCCCCUAGCCAGAGCUCACCCCAGGGCGAGGUGGUUCCUAAAUCGGAGGUGACGAAGGAGGACCACAAGGGCACACUUGGCCCCCAGCAGGUGAACAUGCCCAGUCUGGAGGCACACUGCCCACGCAAGGGCACAUGCCCGCGCCGCAGGCGGACGCCCAAACUAGAGGAGAGCGGGGCGCCGUACGGCGAGGCCUUCCUCCAGGACGGCGUGACGGACCUGCGGCACGCUGACGUGGCUGACUGCGGGAAGGUUCAGCUGGGUCUCCCCGGCCGGCACCAGAACCAGAACUCGAACUCGAACCAGCACCAGCAGCAUCAGCAGCGGAACGGCAACAAAGCUGCAAAGCUCCUGCGGCGAGGCAAGGGGAAGAAGAAGCGGCGCAUCACACGAUACGAUGCUCAGCUAAUCCUGGAGAACAGCACAGGUAUCCCCAAGCUGACGCUGCGCAGGAGGAGGGACAGCAGCAGCAGCAAAGCCGAGCCAGGGGAGGUGGAGACUCUCGGAGCCUGCAGUGGAGGAGGAGGUGGAAGCUCCUCCUCAUCUAAAAUCAGCAUUAAGUUCAGCCAGGACCAUGAGAAGGAGCGUGGUGGUAGCGGAGGAGGAGGAGGUGGGUACGCUUCCUCGAAACUCAACAACGGCUACGGCCACACUGGGCACAACAGCGCUACCAAGUUAAAGAUCCAGCUGAAGCGCGAGAAGGCCGGCAGAGGGCCGCUGCCGCGGGCGUACGGCGACGACGUCACUUUCACGGGCAUCGUUAAGCGGGAGGCAGGUGAGGUGCUGGAGCAUCAGCCAGGCGGCCACAGCAUGACAGGCAUGGGGGAGGACUUGCUGUCGUCAGAGGAGGAGGAGGAAGAGGAGGAGGAGGAGGAAGAAGAAGAUGAGGAAGAAGAGGAAGAGGAGGACUACUUUGACAACGAAGAGUUUGAGGAUGACUUCAUCCCUCUCCCACCAGCGAAACGCCUACGGCUCAUCGUGGGCAAGGACUCGAUAGAUAUUGACAUUUCCUCCCGACGGAGAGAGGAUCAGUCCCUCAGACUCAAUGCGUAAGCUGAAAUGGGUGUGUUUGCGGGUAGGGGCUGGAGAAUGAAACUAUUGUUUCAAUCAUGUAUUUGUUUAUUUGAAUCAUGUUGUUGAAGUGGGCUUGUAAAAACAAACAAAAAAAAAUAUUGAAAAAUCAAAACUGUAAUUGUAAUUGACACAAAUGAAUCGUAGUAAUGGCACUUCUCGAUUGGUUCUUUACCGUGAAUUAUAAAUAUUGUAGAAAGUGUACAGGUAUGUAUUCAUCUCUGAUAAUGUGCAGAUCAUUUUGUUAGCGUUCAUUAAGCUUUAUCAUGUGCAAUUCUUAUCAAAUGACCUGAGUUCUUUCCCAUGUGGUUUAAAGACAAGGUUGAGGAUUACUCGUACUCAUACACCAAGAUACUUUUUUAACAGACACAUGCAUGAAUUCACCCCAAAACUAAUCAUUGACUCAAGGGUUUUGUGGCUGUGUCUACAUGUACAUAUAUUAGUAUAUCAUUCAAGUGGCAAAGGAAGCUAUAGGGAAAAUUACAACACAUGCAUAUAGUUUAUGGAACAUCUUGCAGAAAAUAAGAAGCCUUGUUAACAUGGCUUAGAUGGUAACCUGUGAUAGGCCAAUCGGCAUCAGAAUUCUUAUACUGGUUGAGCCAAGCGGAUCAUAGUGUUAAAGGUGCUAAUUUUCUUGUAACAAUGUGGAGACGUCUGUGUUGUGUUCAACGCAAGAGACUUUGUGGCCCCAGCCCUGAAAAAUAUAGAUUUGCAAGACCAAUGGCCUUGAUAACAUGUUAAUUUUUCUUUCCUUCCUUUUUUAAUUAUUCAGUGUAAAUCAGUACAUUGCAUCAAAACAUUUUGGCCUGACCUCACAUACAUAUGCAAGUCAAUGUUUGCAACCAGCAGUCAUCUUGAUUAACAUGAAGUUGAAUUGAAGUCAAUCACAUUACAAAAAAAAAAAGAAAAAUCCUUAGAAACUUGAUUCAUCCUGUUCAGGAGUCAACCACCAGUUUGUAUCUGGAUGCUAUUGUCUUGACUGUAGUGUGCAUGCUGUGCACUGCCAAAAAAUUAAGGGAUUACUAAAUAAAACACAUCUUGUCUUUUUCUUUUUUACUCCCAUCAUCAACAGCAGGAAACUGCAGCUUUUGCUCUCUUUAUGUUCUCCCCCUUGGGGUGUGUUGGUUUUACACUGUAUGCUGUCCGAAGUCUACUGUCCCUGUGCAUUUAGUUUAGCCGCAUUUUUUUUUUUUUUUUAUCAUGUCUUGUAAGUAUUUGAUUAUUUUGUAGCACAUCUUUGCAGGAUUACGGGAUCAUGUAUUCAUACAUUUGUGGGUAUAUUCUUCACUAUGUACAUCUUGAGAACUCUUUUUAUUUAACUGUUUGAAUACUUGAAGACAUAAAAUUCCUUUUCAAGAAAGUCA